AUGCAGUCCGUCCUGCGUUGCGGCCAGUGCAACAAGCCGUUCGACAAGCAGUCAACGCUGACGAGGCAUGGGUAUUACUGUCGGUCUCGGAAAGCUGGCAGCAUCAACCGGCCACGGUCUUGUAUCGCAUGCGCCAGAGGCAAGGCCGGCUGCGACCACAGGCGUCCUGAAUGUUCAAGAUGCAUGUCCAAGGCCAUUGAAUGCCACUACUCGGUCAGCACGCCGAGAGCCACGGGGCCAGCCACUCCGCACGGCGAUGAUAUGCCCGCCGAACGGGGCACCGUGGCCCCUUCGUCGGGCCCAGACCCUCCCGGUACUGGCAACAGUCGAGAAGAAGCAAGCGACGGUACCGAUAUGCUUCUCAGUGAUGCGCUCGUCAUUCCAGACUCAGGAUUCGCCGGCUUUGGGGGCGAGUCGGGCGAGUAUCCUGCUUGGGACGAUCCCGGGAUUGGUCUAGUCGACUUCUUGAACGCGCAGACAGGCCAACAUUUCCUUUCACCGGGAUCACCAUUCGCGGCCCAUCAUCCAAUGACCCCUUCGUCUGGUCAGACAUUACGAGUGCAGCCAGGAAUGUCCCCCUCCAACUUCUCUAUCCCGGCAACACCAAGCAGCGCCGUCAGGUCACUAAUCCAGCGACCCAAAAUGCAAGCUGGCGCACAAAGGAUCGCGAACCUCAUCUUCCACACUCUGAAAUCGUAUCCCUUGAUGAUGCUACACCAUAACAAUCUUCCACCCUUUGUCCAUCCGAGCUUGCUUUCAUCCGUUGGGGAGGAUGUCCACAUGGAGCCCCUGACCAACUGUAUCAGCCUUGUGCACAUGAUCAGUAGCAGGGUCCAGGGCAGUCGGAGGUUAUUUUGGAAGAAUGUGCGCCACGAAUGCGAACGCUUGUCGGAAGAGCAUGAGACAUUGACCAAGUGGGAGCUACUCGCAGCCAUGCAAGCACUCUCUAUCUACGUUCUAAUACGCUUGGAUGAGGGCGAGACGGACCACAACAACUUUGACUUUUUGUUGGUGAAAGCGGUGACUGUCAUCGCCCAAGAUCUCACCAGCAGCGACGUCACAUGCCACACGCAGUGCGCACUAUGCAACAAUGGACUCGAAACCAGUUGGAAAGAGUGGAUUUUUAGGGAAUCAAGACGAAGAAUGGCCGUGGUAUAUCGAGUGGUGAACAUGCUCGUCUACUUCCAACCAGCAGCAAUGUGCGAAUUGCCCGAAGACUUCUUGCUCGCGCCAUUGCCCGCGAGGAGGCAACUGUGGGAAGCAGGCGACGAGUUCAUGUGGAAGGCAGAAAGUCAGAGGGGCCCCGGCAUCCAGGUUUCCUUCGGGUUAGCCUCGGAAGGCGAGCUUGUCAAGCUGGACGAGAGCCGACUUUCCUGUAGUGAUGCUUGGCUGGCCAAACAGUCGGACGGUGCAAGGACUCCGUCAAGGAGCAUCGCAAGCUGGGAGGAGUGGUGCGCGGGCAUCGAUGGAUUUGGUGGGCUAGUUCUUCUUGCCGCUUCUUUGAUCGUGUAG